CGACAACACUGGGUACAGAAUGAGAGCAGGACAGAAACGGAUUGAAUUCACAGAAUAGGAUUGUGUAUUCACGAAAGGAUAGGAUAGGAGCACUGUAAAAACAUAUUUUCAGUUAUAUUUUUUUAACUAUUUGCCUCAGAGUUGCUCAUGUACAUUUGCGACUUCUGCUUUCGGUUUGCAAUGGUUUUCCCAGAUAGAACGUUUCAAUACAUUUGGACGUGUAUUUGAUUUGGGUAUGCAAGGCAAUUAAUAAUCUUAUCAAAAGAAUUCGGGCAAAACAAAGAUAUUUGCAACUACGGUAAUCAUGGAUUACUUCCCAAUAUUGAGAGCAAAGAUCAUCAGUCUUCUUAUCCACGUAUCUCUCCUGAACAUCUCAACAUCAGGAGAGAGAAGUUGCCCUGCGUCAUUGAACACAGUUAAAACAGUAAACCAUUGUCCAGCUAAUCAGGAUGCCUGGCUUCAAAGAGAAAGGAUGUUCAAUUGUUUCUCACACAAACAGAACUGUACCAAUCCUGAAUUGUUCGUGUAUCAUUGCAUACCCAAUGCAUGGCAAAAUGGAUCUGUUGAAGUGUGUGCAAUUAGAACUACAAUUAUAGGCUGGAAAUGCCCUGAAUUCAACUUUGGAGGAAAAAUGGUACAGGAGCACAACAAAGGAAAUUGUCGGUCAUGUCCAUUUAAGUACAACUCCACUGACCUUUUCAAAUAUAGAGAAUGUUUCGAAUUGAAGAAAGGCAGUUCCUAUCAAACUGGGUAUAUCAAAACCCUUUCCAGCAAAUCUACUUCAAAGACUCUUGCAAGCACUGAAGGUUGCUCAGGAUUCGGAUGUCCUGCAAUUACUUUAGGUUUUGCACUAGGAACUACAGUAGCCGUUAUACUAUUUAUUGUAGCAGUUUUAGGGUUUGUUAUUUAUAAGAAACAAAGGAACAAAGAAGAAAAGAUAAAGUUCUAGUAACAAGGAAAGGCAUCCACACAAAGAGAUUGAUUCCAAAGGUAC